AUGGUUCCACGUCAACAAAGUACAGCUGUUGUUCCUCGAGGUCGUUUUGACAAUGCUGCUGAAUUUGUUCUCACUAGACUAGACGACUUAGUCAACUGGGCAAGAAGGGGUUCUCUCUGGCCAAUGACAUUUGGGUUAGCAUGUUGUGCUGUUGAAAUGAUGCAUGUGGCAGCUGCACGUUAUGAUAUGGAUCGAUUUGGAGUUGUAUUCCGAGCUAGCCCACGUCAAUCUGAUGUUAUGAUUGUAGCUGGAACCCUCACAAACAAAAUGGCUCCAGCUCUUAGGAAAGUCUACGAUCAAAUGCCUGAACCAAGAUGGGUCAUCUCUAUGGGAAGUUGUGCAAAUGGAGGAGGUUACUAUCACUAUUCCUACGCUGUUGUUCGAGGCUGUGACAGAAUUGUUCCUGUUGAUAUUUAUGUACCAGGAUGUCCCCCUACGGCAGAAGCACUCUUGUACGGUAUCCUCCAGUUGCAAAAAAAAAUCAAACGCACUCGAGCAAUGACAAUGUGGUACAGAAAAUGA